AUGUUUUAAUCAGUGCAAUUAAUAAGUUAAGAGUUUUUCACUUAUAAUAAUAACAAGGAAGAAGAGAAUGAGAACAAACAGAAAGAGAAAGAAAAAGAGGAGGGAAAAAGGUUAUUGAAUGGCAGAAAAAGACGAAGAAGCUUAGUAACUCUAAUUUGAAUUAUAAGUAUUUAAUAUUUGCAUGGUCAUCGAAGAAAUGGUAGCAUAUUUUAUUUGUUUCAGUUUAGGUAAAUUCCGAUUUAUUAUUUUAGUCUGAAUCUUCUGAUAUUAUGGAUUUAGUAGCUGUGUUUAAUNUUAAAUAGCAAUUUUAGUUUUAAUGCUACCUUUAAAAAAUUAAGUUUUAAUGUAUAGAAAGUGAAAUUAUCCAAAAUAAGACACAAGGGUAAAUGAUAAACUUGGACAUAGUUAAAUCUCUAGAGAAGAUUUAAUGUAAUUUUAAUUAUUUAACUCUAACUUAUGUGUUGGAUUUAGGAAAUAGAUUAUAUUCCUAAGAUUCCACUGAAAAGGUUGAUUAAAAUACUAUUGGGAAGGUUAAACGGAAUUAUCCUAAUAGGUCAUAAGUGAUCCGUAGAUUAAGGAAGUGAUUGCUAAACCAAUUAUGGAAAGGGAAUCAAAAUGGUCAGAUAAAUUGGUCUCAAUCUAAAAUACCUAAAACAGCAAUCAACCUCAGAAUAUUCAUAAAAUAUAAUGACAUUAGUUUUGGUAUUGAUAACUUUCUUAGAAUAUUUUAUCAACUCUGAUUUCAACUAAACUCUAUUGGAAGUAAAUCAAUAGUAGUUCUUUGGAGGAAAUUAAUGAUCAGAAUGGGGAUGUUUAUUAUAUUGAAUAUAAUGUUUCCAACUCUUUGACACAAAGUUUAACUCUUUCAGCCGAAUAUUUUAGAUACAACAUUAUAUCAAAAGGAGAAAUAUAAAAAACUUCAGUGACUGCAUUUCUGAUUGCAUUUCUGAUUGCAGCUUCUAUCAUAUUGUUUAUUUGGUAUUUAAUUACAGUAUACUAGAAUAUUUUUGAUUGUUUUAUUCAUAAUAAGGAUCUAAGUAGUAAAUUAAGCAGCAUUGUAAUUAUUCUUAGAUCUCAACUAGAAAAAAAUUUUGAGUGA